UUCAAAAGGAUGUUGUUUCUCCUUCCGCUUUGGGGUUUUAUUUUGUAAAGCCAUCCCGGAAGCAGUUUUGUUUUGCUUCUGACUUGCUUGUGAUUCAUGUUUUGUUAGCUAAUCUGGCUAGCAGAUGUCGACUGCUUGAACUUCUUUUCAGAUGAAUAUAUGCGCAUAAAACAGUUCAAACGCCACUCCUAGUUAGAGGGGAGGAUGGCACAUCAACAUACCCCACCUCAGCUGUCCCAGAGGACAGAGUACCUGGAAACUGAUAAUGACUCCGACAGGGACUCCGGUGUCGGGGAAGAUGCUGGGGACGAUGCUGACAGUUGCCAUGGAAGCACAGUGGCACAAGGAGAGAGAGAGGGGAGAGAAGUCAACAAGCAAGAUGGCAUGGAAGAAAACAGCGGGGAGGGAGGAGAUUUUACAGUUUUUGUCGCCUUCCAAGGGAAUAUGGAAGAUGAGGAUUUCACACACAAACUUGACACUAUCCUCAGCGGGAUACCAAACAUACUUGAUAUGGGCUCUGAGGCGCUACAGCCACAGCAUGUGGAGCCGUGGAACAGUGUGCGGGUUACCUUCAACAUUCCUCGGGAUGCUGCUGAGCGGCUUAGGCUGUUGGCCCAGAACAACCAGCAGCAGCUCAGAGACCUGGGGAUUCUCUCUGUGCAGAUAGAAGGGGAAGGGGCCAUCAAUGUGGCUGUGGGACCAAAUAGAGGACAAGAAGUCAGAGUGAAUGGACCAAUAGGAGCACCUGGCCAGAUGAGAAUGGAUGUCGGCUUUCCGGGUCAACCUGGUCCAGGAGGCAUAAGGAUGGCUAAUCCAUCGAUGGUUCCCCCUGGGCCUGGCAUGGCAGGUCAGGCUAUGGUACCAGGCAGCAGUGGACAGAUGCAUCCUCGUGUUCCAAGACCGUCUUCACAGACAGAUGUGAUGGAUCCAAUGAUGCCAGGUGGUAUGUCAGUUCAGCAACAACAGCAACUUCAGCAUCAACAGGCUGGUCCCCAUGGCUCAGGCCCAGUGCCUCCUCAAGCGGCCCAUCACAUGCAGGCUUUACAGGCCGGGAGACCGCUCAACCCUGCUGCACUGCAGCAGCUACAACAACAGCAUCACCAACAGCAACAGGCCCAGCAACAAGCUCAACUCUCCCAGCUUGGACCUAGACCUCCAUUCAACCCUUCAGGCCAGAUGGGUGUGCCUCCUGGCUGGAACCAGUUACCUCCUGGGGUCCUCCAGCAACAGGCCGCCCAAGGAGGCCCUGCCUGGAGAAAGCCCCCACCCCAAGGUCAAAUGGUUCAACGCCCACCUUCACUUGCUACAGUUCAGACUCCCAGCCAUCCUCCACCUCCUUACCCAUUUGGUAGCCAGCAGGCUGGCCAGGUAUUCAGUGCCAUGGGACAGGGACAAUUACAGCAACAACAGCAGACAGGAGUGGGUCAGUUUGCCGCGCCGCAACCUAAAGGUCCACAAGCUGGCCCUGGUGGUGUCGCAGGACCACCCAGACCCCCUCCCCCUCUUCCACCAACUUCUGGACCGCAGGGCAACCUCACUGCCAAGUCCCCUGGUUCCUCUUCAUCUCCUUUUCAGCAGGGUUCACCGGGGACUCCUCCCAUGAUGGCUCAGCGACCUACAACUCCACAGGGUUUUCCCCAGGGUGUUGGAUCACCAGGAAGAGCAGCCCUUGGCCAACAGCCUAACAUGCAACAAGGAUUCAUGGGAAUGCCCCAGCAUGGACAGCCUGGUGCCCAAGUUCACCCAGGCAUGUCGAAGCGUCCCAUGGGCUUUCCAAAUCCAAACUUUGUCCAAGGUCAGGUGAGUGUCAGCACUCCAGGAACCCCUGGUGGAGGACCCAGUCAGCAGCUACAGAGCAGUCAAGCGAUGACUCACACAGGAGCUCAGGUGUCAGUCUCCACACCAAACUCAAUGCAGGGUCCACCCCAUGCCCAACCAAACAUUAUGGGUGUACAGAGUAACAUAGCAGGUCCACCCCCUGGCACAACUGCUGGGCCUAGUAUGGGGCAGCAACAGCCUGGUCUCCAGACCCAGAUGAUGGGCCUCCAGCAUCAGGCCCAGCCCGUGUCUUCCUCCCCCAGCCAGAAGGUUCAAGGCCAGGGUGGAGGUCAGACUGUCCUCUCAAGGCCCCUCAAUCAAGGGCAGAGGGGGGGGAUGACCCCACCUAAGCAGAUGAUGCCUCAGCAAGGCCAGGGGGUGAUGCAUGGGCAGGGUCAGAUGGUUGGAGGCCAAGCGCACCAGGCCAUGCUCCUACAACAACAACAACAACAACAACAGCAGCAGCAGCAGCAACAACAACAACAGCAACAACAAAACAUGAUGGAACAAAUGGUCGCCAACCAGAUGCAAGGCAACAAGCAGGCAUUUGGAGGCAAGAUUCCAGCUGGGGUCAUGCCUGGCCAGAUGAUGCGUGGCCCUUCUCCAAAUGUUCCUGGUAACAUGGCUCAAUUCCAGGGCCAGGUUGGCCCACAGCAGAUGACUCCACAACAGCAGCAACAAA